UCAAAUGUACCUCAGAUUCCAGCCAAGCAGGCAGCACUCACUUCUCUUACCAGCAACUAAGACACAACGAUGCGUUUAAGGACUUUAAUUUUCACAUAUGUAAUGCUACCAUGGAUAGUACUGUCUUCUGCAGCAGAGGAGGAAUACUUGGAAGCAAGGAGAACCAAGAGCAUUGUAAACAUACCAGACAACUAUCAAAGUGACCAAGAUGUGUCUCCCAAAGCCAUUGAGCUGCCAACAUGUCUGCUGUGCGUUUGCCUGAGCGGAUCUGUCUACUGUGAGGAGGUGUCCCCGGAAAUGUCAAGUGUUCCAGCACUUCCAAAGGAAACAGCAUAUCUGUAUGCACGCUUCAACAAAAUCACAAAAAUCAGCAACAGGGACUUUGCAGACAUGGUCACAUUAAGGAGAAUCGACCUCACUGGUAAUCUCAUCUCUGAAAUAGAAGACGGCGCUUUUUCAAAACUCUCAAAUCUUGAGGAGCUCUCUCUUGCGGAAAAUAGACUGACCAAGCUCCCCAUCCUGCCCACCAAGCUGGUAUCAUUCAGUGCCAAUUUGAACCAGCUUAGAACCCAGGGGGUAAAGGCGACUGCUUUUAAAAAACUUACAAAACUGGCGUACCUUUACCUCGGAAACAACGAACUGACAGCAGUGCCCCAACUUCCAGAGUCUCUUCAUGUCGUUCAUCUGCAUAACAACAAGAUCGCAACAAUAACUGAUGAGACGUUCUGCCAAGGGAACUCCAGCCACUACAUCAGGACCAACAUGUACGAGGCCAAACUAGACGGGAACCCCAUUAAGCUUUCGAAUCAUCCUGAGAGCUUUAUCUGUCUGCAGUCUCUCCCUAUCGGCUGGUACAACUGAAAUGAAGAGCAUGCCAUGGUCGGGCUGGGGGGGGGGUCAAAUUAGGGAUGCAGCGAUACAAAGAGUCAAAAUCCCAUGUGUUAAAUACUAUUAAGCAUCAUUUAAUAUACCAACAUCUUUCAUACAGUAAAUUUCCAUGUUUUUCUUAAAGAAAUCUCAUAGUUACAGAAAAAAAUAACAUCUGUUUUUUUGUAUUUGUUUUUCCCAAACGUUACCCAUGUUGCUGUUUUGUUACGGCAGGUGCUACGCAAUGUAUGAAUCAUAACAAAUCAACAUAGACUUGUAAUCAUAUCACAUUGUUAUUAUUUCAUUUGAUUGCAAAGCAGUGGUAUCACCCUUGCUGUAGCUCUUUAAACAGAAGGUUGUAUUAAUAAUAAAGCGUGCAUGUUUUAAAAGGGA